CCUAGGUAUUCGAUUUGUGUACAUAGCGCGAAAAUUAUGGGGAUUAAAUUACUGUCGCGUUAUUUAUUUUUAAUUUUAUAAGUUGUUUAUAUUAAAAAGUAUUAUUUUUUGGGGUAUCAUCCUUUUAAUGAAUUCUCUUACGUCCUUUAUGUAAGAUAUUCAUUCAAAUGAAUAAAAAUGCCGUAUUUUAUUCACGUAUAGGUUAGAUAGUUGAACUAAAAACCAGAGAAAGUCCGCGGUGUGCGGACCUGAUAGAGUAGAGAAAGAUAUCUUGUAAUACAGUCGAUAAAGUGUAAAUUAACGAUGGCUGAAGAACGUGUAAAAAUGCGAAAGCAACUGGGGUUGUUGGAAGGAGUUGCAAUAAUAUUGGGGAUAAUAUUCGGGAGUGGUAUCUUUAUUUCGCCGAAGGAAGUUUUGGAGAAAACGGGGUCAGUUUGGGGUGCUUUGUCUGUAUGGGCUGCCUGUGGUGUUCUUGCCACUCUUGGUGCUCUUUCUUAUGCUGAAUUGGGCACAGCAUUAGCUCAAAGUGGGGGAGACUACCACUACAUUAAUGAAGCCUUUGGACCCCUUCCCGCUUUUUUAUAUCUAUGGGAUGCUAAUUUGGUGUUUGUACCAAGCACAAAUGCUAUUAUGUCAGUAACCUUUGCAAACAAUCUGCUCGAACCAAUAUUUCCAAAUUGUCCCAUUGAUCCACUUUGCCAAAAACUUAUAGCAGCUGUCACUAUAUGUUUCCUGACGUUCAUAAAUGCAUAUGAUGUAAGAUUCACAACUCGCAUACAGAAUGUGUUCAUGUUUACAAAAAUUGCUGCUCUUGUUAUCAUUAUACUGGGUGGAAUUGUAUGGAUGGCUCAAGGUGGUGUGGAACAUUUUGAAGAUGGUUGGGCGGGCACAAAGACUUCUGUCAGUGAUUGGUCUGUUGCAUUUUAUUCUGGAAUAUUCUCGUAUUCUGGCUGGAAUUACCUCAACUUUAUGACAGAGGAAUUGCGAGAGCCAUUCGUGAAUCUCCCAAGAGCUAUCUAUAUAUCUCUGCCGCUAGUUACUGGGAUAUAUCUUUUGGCAAAUGUGUCGUAUCUUGCAGUGUUGGGGCCCAAUGGUGUGAGGGCCACUGAGGCUAUUGCUGUUGACUUUGCAGUAGCCGCCCUGGGCUGGUUGAAAUGGGCCAUGCCCACUCUAGUAGCCAUAGCCAUACUUGGCGGUCUCUCUGUGCACAUUAUGACGUCAUCGCGCAUGUGUUUCGCGGGUGCGAGGAAUGGACAUAUGCCGGAAUUGUUGGCGCAUAUAAAUGUUAAGUGCAUGUCGCCUAUGCCAUCACUUGUAUUCUUGAUGCUGAUAUCGCUCAUAAUGCUGAUUCCCAGCAAUCUCACAUCGCUGAUAACAUACUGCACUGUGGUGGAAUCAUUUUUCACUCUUCUCAGUUGCAGCGCUGUGUUGUGGCUCAGAUAUAAGAAACCUCAUCUUGCUAGACCUAUAAAGGUCUCCCUGUGGAUGCCGAUAGUGUUCGUGGUGGUGCUGCUGGUGCUGAUGAUAGUGCCGAUAGUGAGCGAGCCGGUGGCGGUGAUAGCGGGCGCGCUGAUCACGCUCGCCGGAGUUCCGGUGUACCUGCUGCUGGUGCGCGCGCAGCCCGCGGCCGUCGCGGCGCUGUCCACUAAAUUCACACACGGCUGUCAGAAGUUAUUCCUGUCGGCGGUUGAAGACAAGGAGGAGUGAAUCUUAUGUAUGUACAAAUUAGGUAUAUUUUUCAACGAAUCUAUCAAUUACUAAUUAUUAUUUUUGUAAACAUCACAAGGCACUUGUCCCACUGUCAAAUAGUGUUGAUUUUUUAAAGUUAUACUUAAUAGUUUAUACUUAAGGUAUUCCGUAUUUUAAAAAUAUAUAAUUAUUUAUUAGUUCCGCUCAA